AUGCUUGAGAAGGAUGAGCGAUGGAGUAAAUCAUUGUUUCAUGGUUUAAGAGAUGAAGGCCUAAAUCUGGAAGGUAUGAGGUCAAAUAAUACUAAUGAUGUGAUUAAAAUUACUAAUGAAGAUGUAUCUGUGGAGGUUAAGUUCUGGAAUUCGGCUAUUGCUUGUUAUAUUGUGGGUGCUAGACCUCCAUAUCAUGUAAUAUGUACUUUUGCUAGGAGGAUAUGGGGGAGAUACAAUAUUGAUCGAAUUGCUGUAAGGCCAAAUGGCAUUUUCUUAAUAAGAUUUAAAUAUAUUGUUGAUAGAUUGAAAGCACUUGAGCUAGAAAAUGUGAUGUUUGAUAAAAGACAUGUGGUAGUUAAGGAGUGGACUGUUGAUCUCAACUUAGAUUGCGUGAACACUGACUUGGUGCCGAUUUGGGUGCAACUACCUGGUUUAAACAUCAAAUAUUGGGGUGCAAACACAUUGAUGAAGUUGACCAGUAGAAUAGGGAAGCCUAUUAAAACUGAUAAAAAAACUGCUCGGAAAGAGAGGUUUGAUGCUGCUAGAAUUAUGGUUGAGGUGAAAUUUGGUGCUGAAUUACCCGAUAGGAUUGAAUUUGAGAAUGAAAAUGGUGUACUAACUACACAAUCAAUUGUGUAUGAAUGGAGGCCUGUUAAAUGUGAUGAAUUUGGUGGCAUUGGCCAUGGUGGUGAGGCAUGUAGAAAGAAGAAAGCUGAGAUUCAGGGUGCGUUCUCCUCAACUUAA